UAAUUCCAGCCCAAGUUCUAGGAUGGUUCUUUAUUCUUGGGACCAGACAUGAGCAAAAGUUGAACUCAUGAGUGCUUCAACCUCUCCAGCUGCCAUGCUCCUCCGGAAGCUGAGGCGACUCUCCUGGGGCAGCACUGCUGUCCAACUCUUCAUCCUAACGGUGGUGACCUUUGGCCUGCUGGCCCCCCUAGCCUGUCACCGGCUUCUUCACUCUUACUUCUAUCUGCGCCAUUGGCAUCUGAACCAAAUGAGCCAAGAGUUCCUGCAGCAAAGCUUGAAAGAGGGUGAGGCUGCCCUCCACUACUUUGAAGAACUUCCCUCCGCCAAUGGCUCGGUGCCCAUUGUCUGGCAAGCCACUCCUCGGCCCUGGCUUGUGAUCACCAUUAUCACUGUGGACAGGCAGCCUGGCUUCCACUACGUCUUGCAGGUGGUGUCCCAGUUCCACCGGCUUCUUCAGCAGUGCGGCCCCCAGUGUGAGGGGCACCAACUCUUCCUCUGCAACGUGGAACGUAGCGUGAGCCAUUUCGAUGCCAAACUGCUCUCCAAGUACGUCCCUGUGGCCAACCGCUAUGAGGGCACUGAGGAUGAUUAUGGCGAUGACCCUUCAACCAACUCAUUUGAAAAAGAGAAGCAAGACUAUGUCUAUUGCCUGGAGUCAUCCCUACAGACCUACAACCCGGACUACGUCCUGAUGGUGGAAGACGAUGCUGUUCCAGAAGAGCAGAUCUUCCCAGUCUUGGAGCACCUUCUGCGGGCUCGCUUCUCUGAGCCACAUCUCAAAGAUGCUCUUUAUCUAAAGCUCUAUCACCCAGAGAGGCUUCAGCACUACUUCAACCCAGAGCCCAUGCGGAUCCUGGAGUGGCUUGGUGUGGGCAUGUUGCUGGGGCCCUUACUAACCUGGAUAUACAUGAGGUUUGCCAGCCGCCCAGGUUUUAGCUGGCCCGUCAUGCUCUUCUUCUCCCUGUAUAGCAUGGGUCUGGUGGAACUGGUGGGUCGGCACUAUUUCCUGGAACUGCGGCGACUGAGUCCUUCCCUGUACAGCGUGGUUCCUGCCUCUCAGUGUUGUACCCCGGCCAUGCUGUUUCCUGCCCCUGCAGCCCGCCGGACCCUCACCUACCUGUCCCAGGUGUACUGCCACAAGGGCUUUGGCAAGGACAUGGCACUGUACUCGCUAUUGAGGGCCAAGGGAGAGAGGGCCUAUGUGGUGGAGCCUAACCUCGUGAAACACAUUGGGCUCUUCUCCAGCCUCCGGUACAACUUUCAUCCCAGUCUGCUCUAGGGUGCCAAAAAUGCCUUUCUGAAAUUGGUCACUUCUUGAAGAUUCAAAUGUUGAGCUCUUUAUUUAGACAUGGUUGCUUACAGAUAUGUCAUUGUUUACUGUUGCUAGGGGUAUCUGCACUGGGACAACUGAGAAAUACCCAUAAGUUAAGAGCCUUGGCUGGCUUUGGUAACCCCUGGCAGAAGCAGCUGCAGGUCCAGACCUUUCUCCCUCCACACAGCCACACUGCCUCAUGCAGUCGGAUCCACCCAUUGAGGGUGCAUUUGGAUACGAAUUAUAUUCUCCAUUUGUUUUUAAGCUUGUGACUGCCAAAAAUCUUGUGCACAGUGAUGUGACUGUUUUAGGACUUUAAGGGUAGAAUUUGGUGAAAGGUGAGAUCCUUUUGAAUUGAUUUUUUUUCUCAUUGGGUAUGAAAAUGGAUGUAUGUUUAGAAUAUAUGCCCAAGGAGGCAGGACCAUGUGGAUAGAUUCCAUUUGUUUCCUUGACCUUGUGUAAUAAAAACUGAGAGAAGCCGUGCAGUGCCCAGCAUCUUGGGGGCAGGUGAUCUGCCUUUUCUGUUACCUGGCAUUUUUCUUUCUGUAUAUCUAUAGUGCACUGAUAGUCGAUAUUGUUAGUGAGAACUUUGAGUCACAGCAAGAUCUGGAAGAACCUUCUAAAUCAUCAAAGUCAGAUUGCUUAUGUUGAGUAGUGCUUUAAUAGUGAAUAUUUCUAUCAUAUUCUGGUUCUUUGAAAACUGUACAUUUCCAAAUGAUAUAGAAUGGGUGAGCUCUUUACUAGUAGCACAUCCUUUCCCCUAACUUUGCUGGCUGACUGUGCACCCUCAUUUCUUUUUCUUUUAGGUAGCAUGAUGUUAUAGAAGAAAAAGCCAGAACUGAAGUCAGAAGACGUGACCUUUUAUUUCAGACCUCUGCCAUGUCCUAAUGACAUGACUUUGUGCAGGUCAUAUAACCACUCUAGGUCUCAGUUUCUUUACCCAUAAAAUGAAGACAGUAAUAUCUACCUGAUAAAGUUGCUUAAGGAUUAAAUGACAGAAUGCAUAUAAAAUACCUAGCAAGUGUUUAGCCCAUAGAGGACACCUGGCAAAUGCUCUUUUCUCUCCUUGCAAUAAGCAUAUACAACUCAAGUAUAUUUUCGAUAAAGAAAUUAGUGAUGUUGUUUAAAGUAUGAGAUAGGGCAUAGGGCUGUCACCCAUGUGGCUACUAUCCCAGACCAAACACUGCUAGCAUGAAGGCUGGCUUUUCAUUGUGAUCUCCGAAGGAUGUGCUGCUUAGCUUUCAUCUAGCCCCACCUCCAACCAAGCCAAAAAUAAGAAGUGUUCAUUCAGACUAGAAAUGAUCUGAGAUGACUCCUGAGCAUAUUCUAAGACUACUGUCUGAAAAUCACUUUUGUCAAAAGCUACAAAUAAAUGUUCUUUGACAUAUGUAUCUGACUAGUGGCCAGCAAGUCCCUUCAUGAAGACAGAUAAUUAUAUUAGAAAGCUCAAACAGUUGUCAAGUUUGUUUCAAUUCUACAUCUCUGUUUGCUUUUAAAUUCCCACAGUGAGCUUCUACUUUGAGAUCAACUCAAGAACUCUGAGGGAGCACACAGGAAUUGAUCACUUACACUCUAGAGAUGAACAAAUUGAGACCCAGAGAUGUGAAAUGGCUUCUCUGUGUUCACACAACUGAACAGCAACAGAGCUAGAAUGGGAACAUAUCUCUUCUGACUUCCAGCCCCUGUACUUUUUCUUAACCACAUUAAUUUUAUAAAUAUCUAUGUGGUCAAAGUCUCUUUUGUAAAAUCCAAUUGUAACUUGAAUUAAAUAAUGUCUCUGUAAGCUAAGAUGGCAAAACUCAUUGUCAUGUUAGUUUGGGGAGCAAACAGAUAAACUUAUGUGUUGUGGUGUUAUAGUGAGCUGUUGUGUAUCCCCCAGGAAUGUCCAAAGUGAUCAGAGAUACUGUAUGACUUAUUAGGAUGUUCAGAUUCCCCUCCUUCAUUCCUCGUGUCCCUGUAACCUGUCCAUCCCCAAGUUUAAGAACUGAACCACCUCCAACUUAGAACUCGUUAGAGUUUGUUGCAUUAAUUAUUGGGUCUCCUCAUGAAAGUUUUUUCACCAAUCACAGGAGAACUACUCUAAACCAGCCAGGCCCAAGAUAGGGAAUCACUGCUGGUUUAUGUCUCUGCUCUAAUUCAGGUGUCCACUGUAUGCAGACAUUCCCUUCCUUGACUUCUUAUGGAAGAUGAAUGCCAUCCUCCUUGUCCAAUUUCUCCACCUGCACAUAAGACAUCUUCCCCUAUUUAUCUUAAAUAGGGUCUGCCAUCUUUGGACAUUUUCUGCAGAUGUAGGCUCAGUUCUGCCCUUUUAUCCCCACCUACUUCUAAGCCUCCAUUUUGUUCCUUAUUCCUAGAGUCUAAUUUUUGUGUAUUGUCUUUGAUUAGGAUAGCUAACAGCUUUACACCAAAGCUGAAGUCUCUCGUGUAAUCCUAAGCAAGGGACUGGAGGAGAACUAAGAUACAGUAUCUUCCCAUAUCAAGGGGCAUGGGUUACCAGGAGGGUGGAGGUUUCUAUUAGGCUCACUCACCUUUCAGAGUUUAAAUUAUAAACAGGCCUAAGAAGCUCCCUCUUGUGACUGAGUGUAUUUGCGUAGACAUGUCAGUACAAAUAAAAGCACCCAUUUUGCUGAGGCUUCUUGAGAA